AUGGGCAACUCAUCCUCCAGCCUUACGAAAGAUGAGACUCGCCGUGUAAACCGACUAUCAAAACCCUUGACAAAGAAACUCUCCACUCUGAACGCUCCUCAACUUCCUCCUAUCGAAACGGAUGGUCCGGAACUAGCUUCGGGAUUGAUUGGAUGGCAGAACCCAUGGGUUAGUUCAAACAUCUCCAAGGAUUUUAAAAACAAACCUGCCAGAAAACGAGAGUCCCUUCCUGCUUUGACUGAGUCUAAGUCCGAAACUUCACUGGAAUGGAAUGUGACGAGGCACUCUGUUGAUGUAUCUCACCCUCAACCUUCCAAAGCUCAAGAUGUUGAGCCUAUCUCGCCUCUCUCACCUCGACAUGGCUCGCUCUCGGCCAGUCCAUCUGUAAGAAGAGCAUCAUGCCAAACGGAAAGUCUGGCUACCUCAUCAAAGCAAUCAUUGGAUUUGGGAAGGGGAAGGCCAAAGCGAGCGAAUUCAAUCCAGACUCCUCUUCAGAGACAUCGAAGUGCGAUCUAUGGGGAUAAGGCUCACGAAGCAACCUCAUCCAAUACUCAUUUCACGGUUGGCAACCAACGCUUCUCGCUGACUCGUCGGCGUUCUCUCCUGACACGACCCGGUAUUGCAACUCGACGCUCAACCGCCGCCGUAACACGACGAUUUCCGUCACCAAUAGGAGAGCCAGAGUGCUCUACUGAAGACUCUUCGGAUUCAGAUACGCUACAAUGGCCACUGCCUCCUCGACAUAGAGCUUCACUCCCUGUCUCGUCAUCAAUGAGACCAACCAGUCCGACAGAUCCCCGGUAUACCCAACUUGGAGCGUUGAAGCUGGGAUCCUUGCGAGUUGUUAAUGGCUCUGCCUCCCCGUGCCCAAGUGAGCGAAUCCCACUUGGUCAAACACAGGUUGUCGGAGCUGGCGCGGCUCCUCUACAUCGCCUCGAAGCUAUGCGCUCCAAGGGAGCUCCACUGCAGAUUCCUGCCGUUCCAGACCUACAGAAAUCCGACGAUGUCCCCGGAAGUCCAUUCUCAUUCGAAAAGUCACCAACCAUCACUGUAUUGCCUCGACAUAAAACCAUCUUCCCUAUUGAAGCGGAAGACGAGGGCAUCGGUAUGUGCGACGAGGGCACUGGCCUUAACCAGUCCGAAAAGAACACUGCCACCAUCAACCGCAGCACAUCCAGGUCUCUCAACAAAACCGAUAGCGGCUACAGUUCUGCAACAUCCAUGCACUCUAUUUACCGGAGUCGAACGCGGGCCUCAUUCGAUUCCCAAACGUCUGGUUCUUGCACUGCGGACAGCACAAAGGGUAUUGGUAUUACCGGCGACGGUGCUAAUGAGCAAACAUGCGAUCUUCGCAAUGAGAAAAUCCAGAGACAUGCCAGUCUCCAAGAGGUGAAACCGGGCAAUUUCUCUCAACUGUAUCCCAAUUCUACUCGCUGGUACGAUUCCAGUGCUCCGUCCAGCCAAUCUUCCGGAUCAAGAGCACGUCGGUCGACGCUCUGCGCUCCUCGGAAUACGGAAUACCCGUUCCCUGUACAAACUGGGCCCGGUCCCGGUCCCGGUCCUGCUCCUGCUCCAUACGCCUCCUAUCAAUCAUUCUUAUCGAGCUCACCAUCCUCAUUCGUCUCACAAGAUGAGCCAACUCUUUCCACGCGAGGCCCUCUUUACGGAGACACGUUCUCUACAAGUACAUUGAAUGUUCUACAUGAUCAUGAUUCGAGCUCGACAGCAACGCUGGAAACACUAAUCGGUUGCCAACAACAACAAUCUGGCAGUUUAACAAAGACUACCUCCGCUCGCUCCAGGUCCCGAAGCAGAAGCAUGCAUAGCAAAGGCAGCCGAGCAAGGCGACAUGACUCGAUCAUCGAAAUUCCCAAAUUACCCACGAUUCUUUCUCCGGAUCAUCUUCAGUCUGAGAAUACUGAGGAAGAGAUGGAAAUGCCUAUUCCCACCUCCACCCGCGAGACCUAUCGUGGCCGGCCCCGAAGCCGCAGUCAAGACUAUCGGCGUCGCAAGUUAACGAAGACGCGUCCUCAACCUGAUGUUCAUAUCACGACCUCCUCUUAUGCACUUUAG